AUGGAGACGCCAAACCAACAAUUGGCAAAGCUCAACAUGAUCCGAUACGAAGGGGGCACGAUGACGUACGACAGCGUGGCUACUUUAUUUGGCAGAAUCGCCACGAUUCUAAACAGGUUCAACCACGAGAAUCCCCCACCAACCAACCUAUCAGACUUGGCAGGAGUAGCGUUCCAAGCCUUCACACAAGAAAUCAAGGACAUUGUGGCUGAACACCUAGAGACAGGAGCAGCAGGACCACUACUUAUGGACUACCCCAGCAACCUGUCUCAAAUGCACCACCUACGCAAACGAGCUGAGAAGGACGAGAAGCGCAUCAAGCAAAUUGUGGGAAUUGCAAACAGCGCGGGACGGAUCAGACCCAACAGAAGCUACGUUCCAGGGCGAUCUGCACCACCAAGACCAGGAGGAAGAGCCUUCGCAGGAUUCCACCAACAAGAAUUCCAAGGAUUCCAGGGAUUCCAGGACGAUUGCUCCUUCCAAGCUCCAGAGAUCAAGACUGGGGGAACCUUCCACACCGCAAUAAUGCCCCCUCCAACUCGGGCGGCAAAACAAAACGUUCGAGUCACCGACGGCCAAGGAAGACAAUUAGUGGUCCCGACAUCCGACAGCAAACUAUACUGCCCGGAAGCGGCUGUCAACAUGCCGUUGUGCAUGAGUAUCAUGGAGGAACUUGGACAACAGCAGGGAGAAGAAAAUGGGCGGACAAUGCUCAGCCAAAGCGGAAGAAGCACUGCAAAAGGCAAGCGGCAAGCCAUACCCAAACCACUGUUGGGGAUGCAACGAGGAAGGACACAAUUUCCGAGACUGCCCACACAAAGAGGACCCCCAAGUCCUAAAACGUUUCUAUGA